AUUCUCUGGAAGGAGUAUAUAGUCCUAUUUAUUCCUCUAGUUUUCUAGAAAAAUAUGUGCUUCCAUGUAUCGCUAGUUCUACAAAAGGCAAAUAUGUGUCUAACGUUUCUGAUUCUUCAGCAAAAGAAUAUGCGUUUAUUGAUGCUGGUUCCUCAGAAGAAGAAUACGUGUCUAACAUAGCUAGUUUUCUAGUAGAAGAAUAUGUACUUAACUUAGCUGGUUCUCCAGUAGGAGAAUAUAUGUCUAAUGUCGCUAGUUUUCUAGAAAGAGAAUAUAUGUUUAAUGUCACUGGUUUUUCAGGAAAAGAAAAUAUGUUUACUAUUACUAGUUACCCAGAAGGAGAAUAUGUAUCUAAUGUUGCUA